UCCAAAAAUAAUAUAAUAAAAAGGAAAUUCAAACCAGAAAAACUUCCCAAAAAUUUUUUCUUUUGCAAAAAUAGGACCUUUUCUUUCUUUUUCAAUUUCAUUCCAUUUUCUUCUUUUAUUUUUCCACGCACACGCACAUACCAGAGAAGAAGGCCAACACUCCUCAAGAACACCUAUUUUCACGUUGAGUCUUCCUUUUAAAUUCCAAAAGCUUAAUUUGCUCAUCGGAAAGUUCGGAACUUUUUUAUCCAAUCUAAACCCUCUUCUUUGUUUUUGUUUUUGUUUUUUCGAUCACCCAUUUUCCCAUAUAAUUUAGUCUUAAAAUUAGAAUCAUUUUUUGGGUUAUUGAAUCAUAUUCAAACCCCUAUCUAAGGUACCACUUUCGUCUCUCAUUUUUUUUUUUUUUUUUCUCUUUCUCUCUCUGUUACUACAUUGCUUGGAAGAUCUGUUUUCUGAGUUUUGCUUUUUCUUUCUCAUUUUAUCUUUUUCCGGGUCCUUGGUGUUUUAUUUUAUUUAUUUUUAUGUGAAUAUCCUAUCGUUUCAUAUUAUAAGUAUAUAAUUUUUUACUUCAAGAAAAGCCCACCUGAAAAAGAGAAAAAAAAAAAAAAGAUAAAUUUUUUUCUUUUUUCGGGAGGAUUAUGUAGUGUAUUAGAAAUUCAAGUUCUUAAAUACCAAAAAAAAAAAAAAAAAAAAAAAAAAAAGAAAAGGGAAAAGGAGGAACUUCCAUCGCUUAAAGAUUUUAGUGAUGUAAUUUCCAUUUCCUGACCUUCUUCCAUCAAAAUCUUGAGCUACCCAUUUGACGAAGACAAGGAGUUUGCGGCCUCCUUUUGGUCUUACUAUUCAAUUCAAGCUUUUUUUCAAGCUUUAAGAAUUAGACCAUUUCAUGGUUUUUUAGCUGGUGGGAUUUUCUUGUUUGACAAGGGCCUCCCAACCGCCCCCCACACACACUCUUAUCCUCUAUUUUCCUCUUUCCUUUUUUUUCCUCUUUCUUGAUCUAUCAAAAAUAGCCCUCAAGAAUGUAUGGAACUCAGAGCAAAAGAGACCUUUCCUUAGAAUUCCAAUCUCAAAUUCCAAUUUUGAGGCCUAGCAUUCAUGCGAGGAGGGCUAAUCUUACUGUAAAAUUCCAAGACCUUUAUGGGUUCACUGUAGAAGGGAAUGUGGAUGAUGUGAAUGUGUUGAAUGAGGUAAGAGAGAAAGUGAGGAAGCAAGGUCGAGUUUGGUGGGCAUUGGAAGCCAGCAAAGGUGCAAAUUGGUAUUUGCAGCCUUCAAUAGCUGAAGGGAUUGCACUGAAAUCCUCGCUUAAAUUCUCAUCUCUUGCCAAUGCCAUUACCUUGAAGAGGUUGAUUAGGAAGGGAAUUCCACCGGUUCUCCGGCCAAAGGUGUGGUUUUCUUUGUCUGGGGCGGCAAAGAAGAAGUCCACGGUGCCAGAUAGUUACUACAAUGAUCUGACAAAAGCGGUUGAAGGCAAGGUCACGCCUGCCACAAGGCAGAUUGAUCAUGAUCUACCACGGACCUUCCCAGGUCACCCAUGGUUGGAUACUCCCGAAGGCCAUGCUACUUUGCGACGUGUUCUUGUUGGGUAUUCUUUCCGUGACUCUGAUGUAGGCUACUGUCAGGGCUUAAAUUAUGUUGCAGCUUUGUUAUUACUUGUGAUGAAAACAGAGGAGGAUGCAUUUUGGAUGCUAGCAGUCCUGUUGGAAAAUGUGUUAGUUAAUGACUGCUAUACAAAUAACUUAUCAGGAUGCCAUGUUGAACAAAGAGUUUUCAAAGAUUUGCUUACUCAAAAAUGCCCUAGGAUAGCCACUCAUUUGGAAGCAUUGGAAUUUGAUGUCUCCCUUGUUGCCACUGAGUGGUUCUUAUGCCUCUUUUCUAAGAGUUUGCCUUCAGAGACCACUUUACGAGUAUGGGAUGUCCUUUUUUAUGAGGGUGCAAAGGUUCUAUUUCAUGUGGCUUUGGCAAUAUUUAAGAUGAAGGAAGAGGAGUUGCUUAUAACCCAUCAUGUAGGCGAUGUAAUUAAUAUUUUGCACAAAACUACUCAUCACCUCUUCGACCCUGAUGAGCUAUUGACGGUGGCAUUUGAUAAGAUAGGUUCAAUGACAACCAACACUAUAUCUAAGCAAAGGAAAAAGCAGGAACCAGCGGUGAUGGCAGAGCUUGAUCAGAGAUUGAGACGGCUAAAUUCACUAAAAGUUGAUGAGAACGAAAACUAGCAUUUCACUUUACCAAGCCACGUCAAACUCGAAAAUUUCAGACAGCCCUUUUAGGUGUAUGUCCCUGUCACUAUGGAAGACAAGUGAAAUUGUACCUGCAUCCUGUUUGUUCCUUACAUAUGGGAACAACCAAGUUAAAAAAGAGUGCCUGUUGUUUUCCAGGUUUUGUUGUAGUUGAUAAUUGUAAAUUAUGUUUUAUUACCAUACACUGGAUUAAAUACAAGCCAAUUCAGGGCAUCACUGCGUUUUAUAUGCCCUGUAAUUUUUGUUUUA